AUGUGCAACACAAUCGAACCCUCUCGUCGCAAGUCCACAUGGUACCUGUCCACAGGAAUGCAUAGCUUGGACACACGGACGCACACCCCGGCACAGCCCCGCCCCCCCCCCCCAGGCACCGGGACACACAAGGACACACGGGGACACGUGGGGACACGCGGGGACACAGGCUGUGGGGAGCGACGAAGGCAUUGCACAAAGACGGGUGACCGGUGUCACACCACGGGGGGAGCGUCCCCACGCCGUGUCCCCGUGGGUAACGGGGCGCCACCGCCGGCACAGGUCCCCAGCCCUGCCCAUGUGUCCCCCUGUCCCCAGCCCCUCUCCUGCAAGACCUCCUGCCAGGCCACGCUGGCCACCGCGUUACCGCAUCACCGUGUCACCACGCCACCGCACCACCACGCCACUGCAUCACCGCGUCCCCGUGUCACCGCGUCACCGUGUCACCGCGUCACCCCGUCACCGCAUCACCCGUCCCCAAGGCGCGACCACGGCACGGAGCAUCGGACCGGGAGCCACAAGACAGUGAGCGCGGCCGCGGCCACGUCCCGCAGGCGCCGUCAGGACGCGUUCACCCGAGGGCCACCGCCACCCCCCCGGCCCCCCGAGAGCCUGCAUGGGGGUCCCGGGGGGGAGGAGGGCAGCGCGGGGGGGUUUGUUCUUUUCUACUCACAUAGAGGCAAGAAUGAAAGAGUAAAGACAACUUUGCAUAAACAGCCCUCUGGCGAGCGGGGCUGCGGCCCCGCUGCUGCUCCGGGAGCAUCGCUGUCACGAGCUGCGUCGGGUCUCGGGCUCGGUCUCGCCGCGGGGCCGGCCGGCGGGGCAAAUAGUGUUCGGUUUUUGUUUGUUUUUCUGGCAAAUCGGAUGUGGAUGCGUCGCCGGGGGGGGGGGAAGGUCCUUGUAGGGUGUUUUUUUUGUUUUUUGUUUUUGUUUUUUUUUUUUUCUGUGUGUGGGUUGUUGUUGUUGUUUUUUUUUUUUUUUUCCUUUUUAAAAAAGUUUGAACCUUUUCCUUCUUCCUUUCCCUCUCUCUUUCCUUCCUGGAUGGGUUUUGCUUGUCGUCGUCGUCGUUAG